AACUCCGAGUGGAGUGUGGAGGACUUUGAAGGGAAGAAGGCUUACGCUCUGUACAACUCUUUCUCUGUGGGCUCUGAGGCUGAUGGGUACAAACUGCAAGUGAGCGGCUUUGUAGAUGAAGGAGCAGGUGAUUCUUUGAGUUAUCACAAUGGAAUGAAGUUCUCCACCGUUGACAAAGACCAAGAUGCUUUGAGCGGUAACUGUGCUAUGACAAACUCUCAAGGAGGGUUUUGGUAUAAUGGCUGUGCUUAUGCAAACCCCACUGGUCUGUAUUUGUGGGGGAAAGAUGAUGGCAAUAUAUAUAUUGGUGUCUACUGGUAUUACUGGAAGGGCAGCUAUAAAUCUCUGAAGUCCAUCAGCAUGAAGAUCAGACGUGUGAAGUAGAGCAGGGCUUACAGACACUUCACUGCAGCUUGUGCACAUCCACAUCUUUAUGCAUACAUGUGGAUCUUUCUUAAAAUGAAAUUAAUUUUCCUGAUAAAUAAAAAUGUGUUGAAAUUGG